AUAUGGCCGUAUUUAAAGACGCGGUCUGCAUCUCAGUCUAUUUCAUGCCAGCUAUUGCUUCCCGACCAAAAGUAUAACCUCAAAACCGAGAUGAUGCAUCUUCUCUCAACAGUCGCGUUGGCGGCUCUAGCAAGCACUGCGUCGGCAGUGGUGGGCGACUGGCAACAAUGCGGCGGAAUGAACUACGCUGGGGACACACAGUGUGCAACCGGUUCUGGCUGCGUCGUUCUAAAUGAAUUCUACUCGCAAUGCCAACCAGGAGCUGCUCCAGCACCAUCCACAACCGCCGCACCAGCCCCCACCACCAGCGCUUCACCCACGGGCGGCACACCAAUAACAACAGGCACCCCCUCUGGAACCGGACCAGGAAAAACCCUCCAAAGCGGCUACCUCUGGAUCCGCGCGGUAGCAGCCCCGAACUUCCACAAGUACAUUCAAACAAAACCCCUCUACUCCCCCGGCACCGCCCUCCUCGGCGACUACACGACCGCGGGCCAACUCCAAGUCGUCUCUGGCCAGCUCGUGCAGCUCGUCUCCGCGCCCGGCGAGCCCGAGAAACUCCUCUACGCCAACGUCAGCGAGGAGCGCACCAUCAACAAUGCCAGUCUCGCCGUUACUUUCAGCACCACCAAGAACACGUACGGCACGUUCAAAUUCGGAGGCGACGAUUUGCAAUGGAGUGUUGCGGGCAUCAAUCGCCCCAAUCCAAGUGCGUGGUAUGUUUGCACCGGCCAGGCUUUGUACAUCAAUUUGGGGAAUUACAUGUAUCAGACUCCCAGUGGAUGUGCGGACCAAACCAUCCAUUAUUACAAUGACAAGACCGCCAAUGCUUGAGGUCGGUGAGGAGCACGAAUGGGAAGGGAGGGUGGUAGUGUAGUCUCUUUAGUCCUCCAACUUCAAGUUUUGGUAGAAUUCCAACCAUGAUAUGUCACCGUCGCAUAGUCGUCAUUGUCUCCUCUUUUCAUCGCGACCUAGACUUUGCCGAGGCAUAAACACGAGCGUAGUAGUACCAACUGAUCCAUUCCAACGACUGGGUAUGUAUGCAGGUUAUCCGACGUGACAUUGAAACAGCUCCCCAACAUCACUUCCUUGCAAUCUAAAGCCUUCCCCGGCUCGUCCACCACCAACCGCCAGUCAAACAGCAGGGGAAUUCACCCCGUUCACUCCAUUUUUAUACACAUCCCUCAGUACGCAUACUCAAAUCACCCCCAGACUCUGCCGCUGAACAGCAUCUCUCCAUUCCUCCUUCCUCCUUCCUUCUUCCUCCAGCUACUCUUAACAACCGUAUCCAUACCGCCUUUUCCGCAUCUGCCGCGGCGCCAAAUUGUUCUCAGAUGAACGGCAUUAGCGGCUUUUUUGCAAUGUUUGGAGUCUAUCUGGAACGGCUCGGGCCGAUGGUAGAUACGGGGGGACCCUGGCAUGUCUGCUCGUCAGAUUGUCGAGAUUAUGGGACGCUGGUGGUUGAAGUU